ACUCUGUUCCUCUCUCUCACUCUUCACAGAGACUCUGUUGUGAGAGAGAGAGAGACGAAGCAGAACCUCACCACAAACCAGCCUCUGCAACCAAUCUUCAAUUCCCGUGCAUGCUCCUACAACCACACGCACUGAGCCAUGACUUCCAUUUCCGGAUCUCGAUCCGGCGGCAAGAUACUCCGAUCCCGCCGGAACGCCGCCACCGCCGGCAAGACCCCCUACGACCGGCCUCCUCGGAGCCCUAAUUGGCUUUCGCGUUUCGUUCUCUCGCCCACACGUUUCGUUGCCGGAAAGCUCGUCUCCUCUGUUUUGGAUCUCGAAUCUUCGCCAACGUCUUCUUCAGCUAGCGAUUCCGGUGAUGAGGAAAUUGCUACUGUCAAAGAUAACAGUGAUAUCCCUUUUGAAGGUGAUAAUGCGGUGAAGAAGGGGCUCCAACCAUUGAUUGGGAGUGGCGCAAACAAACAUGUCAUUGAGCAGCUACUUAUGCAGGAAACAUUCUCAAGGGAAGAAGGUGAUAGGUUGAUAAGUAUAAUAAGAUCAAGAAGGGUAGAUUAUCCUGCCGAGGAUGAUGGGGAUAAGAGGCCAAGGGAUAUGCCCAAUAGUACUCUUGGGAGUGAUUCACCUGAUCUCUAUAGUGCUGCUGUUAUGGAGGCAAAGAAAUGGCUGCAGGAAAAGAAGUUGGGAUUAGAUUCAAAUUCAGAUUUAGGUUAUGGAAGUCAUAGUUUGACUUCAGUUAAAUUGCCUCAAGCUUUUGAAGAUGGAGGAUCACCAGUGGAUGUGGCGAAGUCAUAUAUGCGCAUACGCCCUGCAUGGGUAUCUCCCUCCGUAGACCAUAAUAAGCCUCCAUCACCAAUUGGAAUACAACUCUUCAAAAAUGAAACACCAUAUCUAAUUGGUGGCAUCUCUACAUCAUACUUCAAGGAGAAAAGGGGUUCCCCUGCUGCUGGGUCAUGGAGUAUUCAGGAUGAAAUACGAAGAGUACAAUCCAGAACUACAGAGCAGAUGCUAAGGAGACUUCCCUCCUCAAAAGUUGAUUGGUCUGCAUUAUCUAUGGAGUAUAAAAGUAACGCUAAUUCUUCAGCUAUUGAAAAUAUUGAAGCUAGUUUAGAACAGAGAGUACAUAAUUUUACUAAUGCAGUAGAUGCAUCUUCAAAAUUAGAUAGCGGAUUAAGUACUCAGGUCUCUCCAGAUUUGGAGAGGAAGCAGGAAAGUUUCCAACAUGAAACGUGGUUGUCUGAUCCAGCUAAUAUGAUUUCUGAACAUAAACAGGACUUUGGAGCUUAUCAGCAAACCAUAGGUUCACAAAGUGACUGCAGAGAAAUAACUACUUCAGGACAAAAACAUGGAUCAUCCGAUGAUGUGGCGCCAAUGAUGCACAGUUUUUGUGCAGGGCAUGUUAUUGAGCAGAACACUAAAAGAUUGGAUAUCGAACACAAUACAGUUGAUUCAGGUCAGCAGGGAACAGCUAAAGGUGCUCUUGAGCUAGAGACUUGUAAGCUGUUCAGUGAAACUUCUAUGAAGGUGCCUGAUGCAAUUGGAAACAACAAUCUUGCUGUCAAUGAAGACUCUGUUGCCACUGGCUUGCGGAGCAGUUCCAGUACAGCAUGAGGUUCAACAGGACUGUUCUCAGGCAGGUUCAGAAUCGGUUUGGGGAGCCACACCAAGGUUAAAUUGUAAGUUAAUUUUAGGUUAGAAAAAAGGAGAGAGAAAAAAAGGGGGGGGGGGGGG